AUGAUAGAGCACCUUUUAUCGGACAAGUUGGCUUUCAGCUUUUCCUUCCCACCAACUAAACCAUCUUUGGGGCUGUCUUGGAAAAGAGGUUCUUGUGGUUCUAAGCAUGCGGUGCUGGAUCCUCCAUUGUUGUGUCUUCCUCCCAGGCUGGCACUGUUGAAGAAGAGCGGUGAGGAAGACUGGAAGAACAGAUUGAUCCGGAAGCAGGAAUACGGCAAGGCCACCAGCGGCCUGCACAUCCAGGAGGUGGAGCAGUCCCUGAAGAAGGAGGAAGGAGGAUUUACAGAUGAUAAUGCCAUUUCUAACCUGCUUUGGCGGGUCACAGAAAGUCGGGAGAGCCAGAUGACAAUUGAGGAGCGGAAGCACCUCAUCACUGUGCGCGAGGAAGCAUGGAAGACGAAGGGCAGAGGAGCGGCCAAUGACUCCACCCAGUUCACCGUGGCAGGAAGAAUGGUGAAGAAAGGUCUGGCAUCACCCACAGCCAUAACUCCAGUCUCAUCCCCUCUCUGCAGCAAAUCAAGGGGCACCACCCCAGUUUCCAAACCCCUGGAAGAUAUUGAGGCCAGACCAGACAUGCAGCUGGAAUCAGACCUGAAGUUGGACAGGCUGGAGACCUUUCUAAGGAAGUUGAACAACAAAGUUGCCGGGAUGCAGGAGACGGUUCUCACGGUCACUGGGAAAUCUGUCAAGGAGGUGAUGAAGUUGGAUGAUGAUGAGACCUUUGCCAAAUUCUACCGCAGCGUGGAUCACAGUAUACCUAGAAGUCCUGUGGAGCUGGAGGAGGACUUUGAUGUCAUUUUUGACCCGUAUGCCCCCAAGUUGACAUCUUCCGUGGCCGAGCAUAAGCGCUCAGUUAGGCCCAAGCGCCGAGUCCAGGCUUCUAAGAACCCUCUCAAAUUGCUGGCAGCAAGAGAUGAUCUCCUCCAGGAAUACACAGAGCAAAGGCUCAACGUUGCCUUCAUGGAGUCCAAGCGGAUGAAAGUGGAAAAGAUGUCGGCCAAUUCCAACUUCUCAGAAGUGACGCUGGCAGGCCUGGCCAGCAGGGAGAACUUCAGCAGCAUCAGCCUGCGGAGCGUCAACCUGAUGGAGCAGAACUCCAACAACAGCGCCGUGCCCUACAAGAAGCUCAUGCUGUUGCAGAUCAAAGGCAGAAGACAUGUUCAGACAAGGCUGGUGGAGCCUCGAGCCUCGUCACUCAACAGUGGGGACUGCUUCCUUCUGCUCUCUCCCCAGUACUGCUUCCUGUGGGUAGGGGAGUUCUCAAACGUCAUCGAGAAGGCAAAGGCAUCUGAACUUGCAACAUUAAUUCAGACAAAGAGGGAACUUGGUUGUAGAGCUACAUACAUCCAGACCAUUGAGGAAGGGAUUAACACACACACUCAUGCAGCCAAAGACUUCUGGAAGCUCCUGGGUGGCCAGACCAGUUACCAGUCUGCCGGAGACCCAAAGGAAGAUGAACUGUAUGAGACAGCCAUCAUAGAGACAAACUGUGUCUACCGCCUGACAGACGACAAACUCGUCCCUGAUGAUGGCUACUGGGGGAAGAUUCCAAAGUGCUCCCUUCUGCAGUCCAAAGAGGUCCUGGUGUUUGACUUUGGAAGUGAAGUUUACGUGUGGCAUGGGAAGGAAGUCACGUUAGCACAACGGAAAAUAGCAUUCCAGCUGGCCAAGCACUUGUGGAACGGAACCUUUGACUAUGAGAACUGUGACAUCAACCCGCUGGACCCUGGCGAGUGCAACCCGCUCAUUCCCAGGAAAGGGCAAGGACGACCUGACUGGGCCAUAUUUGGGAGAGUUACGGAGCACAACGAAACUAUUCUGUUCAAAGAGAAGUUCCUCGACUGGACAGAGCUGAAGAGACCCACAGAGAAGAAUUCUGGGGAAGUUGUCCAGCAGAAGGAUGAUCCUAGGGCUGACACCAAGCCUUAUGAUGUGGCACGGAUGGUGGCAGUGCCCCAGAUGGCAGCCAGCACCAUCCUGGAUGGGGUGAAUGUUGGCCGUGGCUAUGGCCUGGUGGAAGGAGAUGACAGGAGACAGUUUGAGAUUGCCACCGUCUCUGUAGAUGUGUGGCAUAUCCUGGAAUUCGACUACAGCCGGCUCCCCAGGCAGAGCAUCGGGCAGUUCCAUGAGGGGGAUGCCUAUGUGGUCAAGUGGAAGUACAUGGCAAGCACAGCAGUGGGAAGCCGACAGAAGGGAGAGCAUCCCGUGAGAGUGGCCGGCAAAGAGAAGUGUGUCUACUUCUUCUGGCAAGGCCGGCACUCGACCGUGAGUGAGAAGGGGACAUCAGCUCUGAUGACGGUGGAGCUGGAUGAAGAGAGGGGGGCCCAGGUCCAGGUUCUGCAGGGAAAGGAACCCCCCUGUUUUCUUCAGUGUUUCCAGGGAGGUAUGGUGGUGCACUCUGGAAGAAGGGAAGAGGAAGAAGAAAAUGCACAAAGUGAUUGGAGACUGUACUGUGUGCGAGGAGAGGUGCCCAUGGAAGGGAACUUGCUGGAGGUGGCCUGUCACUGCAGCAGCCUGAGGUCCAGGACUUCCAUGGUUGUUCUGAACGUAAACAAGGCCCUCAUUUACCUGUGGCAUGGAUGCAAGGCUCAGGGCCACACAAAGGAGGUUGGAAGGACUGCUGCGAAUAAAAUCAAGGAACAAUGUCCCCUGGAAGCAGGAUUGCACAGCAGCAGCAACGUGACAAUACAUGAGUGCGAUGAAGGAUCCGAGCCCCUGGGCUUCUGGGAUGCUUUGGGGAGGAGGGACCGGAAGGCCUACGACUGCAUGCUUCAAGAUCCUGGAAGUUUUAACUUCGCGCCCCGACUGUUCAUCCUCAGCAGCUCCUCUGGAGACUUCUCUGCCACAGAGUUUGUGUACCCUGCGCGAGCGCCCUCUGCCGUCAGCUCCAUGCCUUUCCUGCAAGAGGAUCUGUACAGCGCGCCACAGCCAGCACUCUUUCUUGUUGACAAUCACCAUGAGGUGUACCUCUGGCAAGGCUGGUGGCCCGCCGAGAACAAGAUAACUGGCUCUGCCCGCAUUCGCUGGGCCUCAGACCGGAAGAGCGCCAUGGAGACGGUCCUGCAAUAUUGCCGAGGAAAGAAUCUCAAAAGGCCACCCCCCAAGUCUUACCUUAUCCAUGCUGGGCUGGAGCCCCUGACAUUCACCAACAUGUUCCCCAGCUGGGAACACAGAGAGGACAUCGCCGAGAUCACAGAAAUGGAUACUGAAGUUUCCAACCAGAUCACGCUGGUGGAAGAUGUCUUAGCCAAGCUCUGUAAAACCAUCUACCCACUGGCAGAUCUGCUUGCCAGGCCACUCCCAGAGGGAGUGGACCCUCUGAAGCUUGAGAUUUAUCUCACAGAUGAAGACUUCGAGUUUGCACUCGACAUGACCAGAGACGAAUUCAACGCACUGCCCACUUGGAAGCAAGUGAACGUAAAGAAAGCAAAGGGCCUGUUCUGAACUCAAAAUGACAGGCGUCACCAGGAGGUUGCUUCUGAUGCUGCUAGGCCAGAAAAUGGAUAUAUUUUUGGACUGGUAUUUUUUCUGUCAAAGAACAAAGUAUUUUCAAAUCAAAGUUUUUCCAAACCUGACCUUAUUAACUCUACAGCUUGUCCAGGAGUUGAGCAUUUUGUAAAUGUGUAGGAAGACUCUUGGGAUCAUUCUUUUCCGUGGUUCAGGUAAACUGAGAAACCCAUCUCUUCCGUUCACUCAGCCGAGUGCUGCCUCAGCAGCCACCGCAGCCCUGCCCUCCUGCUUCAGCUCGGCAUUACCUUUUUUAAAGCAAUUCUCUUUAUAAAGUGUUAUUUUGAUAGUUUGUGGAUUCUAAAUAUAUAUAUAUUUAUAUAAACACCGUAUAAAUCAAAUAUGUAUUUAACAAAGCAAUAUGUAUUCAUUCACUUUCAAUUCUUUUCCUUUGGUGUAAAAACAAUAUUACAAGGUAGACAGAGUGGCUUCUGUUGAGUUAGGCCUGCUAGCAGUCCGUCAUUAGGUGUGUUGUCUGUCCCAUUGCCCCCCCUCCAUCCCCAGGAGUGCCUCCUUCAGCCUUAGGUCUGGCUGUGCUGAGUUCUGCUUCCGGUGCUAAAGCGAACAAAGACUUACUUCCUGGUGUGGACUCUGAAGAAUCUAUGCGAACCAACCUUUCUACCUUAAUACCCCCCAGAAAUGUAUAGUGCCUUGUUUUAUGUACAGUUUAUAUACAGAAAAGUUUGCUCUGCUUUUUUUGAUGCUGGUUUGGAGCGUUAUCUAUAGUUUUAUUCUCAACAGUAGAAAUAAAACAUCUCAAUUUCUCAUACCCAUUGUAAACAUUACACAUGUCAUUUUGUGACACAGGACCCCAAAAUAAAAUUUCAGCAUAAUCAUAA